UUUACAGGUCUGAUCUGAACUUUACACUGAUGACUUUUUGAACCUAUUAAAUAUAUGAGGGGGAAAAUAACAACAAAAGUUGGCAGAAAUCCAGUACACUCUUCACAAACAACUUAUUUUGGCACCUUUACGCCACAAGAUGUCAGAUUUUUACAAGACGCCAAAUGGUUGAAUAUAGUUUCAGUAUGGUUAAAUAUUAUUUUCCUCCAGAAGUUUGUCAUUAGUUGAAGUAACUUCAAGCUUUCAUUUUCAUGCCUUGAUACACAUGUGGGCAGUCGAUUAUUUAGUUGCUGAGUGGGCAGUGAGAGUGCAUUUAGGUUAAUGAGUCAGAGAAUUAAAUUAUACCCAGUUCACAUGAUUGGAGAUUCUUUUAUAAGCUUGGGAAUCCCUUUACAGUAAGGGUCUUCAGCUUUAAAAGACUUCUCACCUGCUGUGGAGAGAAUUCAAUCUCUGUCCUUUUCAUAAGGAAGCCAUGCCAAGCCGGCCAAUCACAAUCAUAUCGAAUAAGACAGGACAAGGGGGAAACUACCAUGGGAUGAACCUCCACAGCUCCAGAGUGUGUGAGUGUACGGAGUCUGACUCAGCUCAAUGUGGGGAGUCAGGCCUCGGCUCUACCGUGGAUCUUAUCAGCAGCUGUUCUCACACACAAUGUAGCCAAAACCAUUGUCUUGCUCACAAAAACUGGCUCCCAAAAGUCCAAGUGCCGACUGAGGAUCCCAGAGAAAGGAGGCAGAGAAUGAAGUCGGUCUUCAUCGGUGUGCUGAAGAUCCCAAUCCUCUUCUUUCUCCUCUAUUGCUUCGUUUGUUCCUUGGAUACCUUGAGCUCUGCUUUUCAGCUGGCUGGGGGUAAGGUGGCUGGAAAUAUCUUCCAGGACAAUGCGAUCCUGUUGAACCCGGUGGCCGGCUUGGUGGUUGGCAUUCUGGUCACAGUACUGGUGCAGAGCUCAAGCACCUCCACUUCCAUCAUUGUCAGCCUUGUUUCAUCUGGCCUGUUGGAAGUGAAGUCUGCCGUCCCUAUAAUAAUGGGCUCGAACAUUGGAACAUCUGUCACCAACACCAUUGUGGCUCUGAUGCAGGCUGGGGAGAGGAAUGAAUUUAAACGGGCGUUUGCUGGAGCUACGAUCCACGACUGCUUUAACUGGCUGUCGGUGCUGGUAUUGUUGCCCCUGGAGGUAGCUACAGGUUUGCUCAGCUAUCUGGCCAGAGUCAUUGUAACCAGCUUCCACAUGCAAAGUGAAGGGGAAGCCCCAGAACUACUCAAGGUCAUCACUGAUCCUGUCACCAAGCUCUUCAUACAGCUGGAUAAGUCUGUGAUCACUGGCAUCGCUAUGGGAGAUGAGAGCAUGAGGAACCGCAGUCUGAUUAAAGUGUGGUGCGACAGCAUGUCCACAGCGAAUGGGACAGCGAGUGUUCCUCAGAAUUGUUCUUCAGUGUUGCAUUGUGGGAAGGCUGGUGAUCUCGUCACACAGGUUAAUGAAGAGAGAUGUUGGCACAUGUUUGCCAAUACCGACUUGUCUGAUCUGUCUGUGGGUCUGAUUCUGCUGGCUGGAUCUCUCGCGGUGCUCUGUUCCUGCCUCAUCUUAAUCGUCAAGGUCCUCAACUCAGUCCUUAAGGGUCAAGUGGCGCGAGUCAUUCAAAUGGUCAUUAACACAGAUUUCCCAGACCCCUUUGGCUGGCUAGCAGGAUACGUGGCCAUGAUUGUCGGAGCAGGAAUGACUUUCCUGGUGCAGAGUAGUUCAGUUUUCACCUCCGCCAUGACUCCACUCAUUGGGCUUGGAGUGAUCAGUCUGGAGAGGGCAUACCCUUUGACUCUGGGCUCCAAUAUUGGCACGACUACUACUGCUAUCCUCGCUGCGCUGGCGAGCCCCAGCGACAAGCUGCCUGCUGCCUGCCAGAUCGCUCUGUGCCAUUUCAUCUUCAAUGUGUUUGGAAUUAUUCUGUGGUACCCGCUGCCUUUCAGCCGUCUGCCCAUCCGCAUGGCAAGAGCGUUGGGUGAGCGCACAGCUAAAUACCGGUGGUUCGCUGUACUUUACCUCCUGCUCUGCUUCCUGCUACUCCCUGCUCUUGUCUUCGGUCUCUCUCUGGCUGGCUGGCAUGCCAUGCUAGGUGUAGGAGCGCCAUUUGCCGGGGUCGCCACCUUCAUCAUUCUGGUAAACCUGCUGCAAUCACAUAGCCCCACCCACCUGCCCCGGUGCCUCCGGAACUGGGACUUCCUGCCUCUAUGGAUGCACUCGCUCAAACCCAUGGACAAACUCAUCACCAAAGCCACAGCUCUUUGCUGCAAGUCCACCAAGUCCAGUCUUGACCCUGAAUCUGCCACCAUUACCGAUACUGCUAACACAGAACCAGAAUCAGUGGCAUCUCAGAGAAAGGCGCAACUUUCAUACGACAACCCCACGCUUUCGUUUCAGGACGAGUCGCCUCCGCAGCCACGAGUGUUCAAACUAAAGGGGCUAGAACGGUGCAACAGCACACCACUUUAGAAAGAAUAUUACCCAAUAAUAUCCUACGGCCAGUGUGUGUUUCUCAGGUCCAAUGUGACAGAACUAAACCAUUCUGAACAAGACUUAUUUGUGCUAUUGGCAUAAUAAAGCCUCUCUUAUAUUGCAAGUUCAGCCUUGCAAAAGAUUAUUUUGUCAAAGUGUCCCAGCAUGGUUAAUUGUGCUGUAUAAAUUACGUGUAUGAUUAUGACUUUGGGAUACUGAUAGCAGAAACCCCAGCACUGCCAAUCUGCCACUCUGGAUAAAAGUAUUAGCCAAAUGAGCAAAUGUACUCAGCAAAAAAAGAAACGUCCUCUCACAUUCAAAUGCUUUUAUUUCCAACAAAUUUCUUAACAUGUGUAAAUAUUUGUAUUAACAUCAAAACAUUCAACAACUGAGAUAUAAACUGAACAAGUUUCACAGACAUUUGAGGAACAGAAAUGGAAUAAUGAGUCCCUGAACAAAGUAGGGGAGGUGGGGG